ACAGGGUUACGGCUUUUGCGCAAGGCUGUGGCCGAGGCGUCGUUUCCGCAACGCGCUUUACGCCGCCAGCGGAGCAGCGAGGGGCCGAGUGUCGCAACCACGCCAGCGGCGGCGGCGGCGGCGGCGGCGUAUCAUUGCGCGCGCGCGCGGGGGAGUGUGCGUGUGUGUGAGUGCGGUGAGGCGGCCCCGGCCUGCUCGGUCCCGUCGCUGGUCGGCCUCGGUGCUGCGUCGCUCUCCUCUCGCCGCCAUGAAGUUCGUCUACAAGGAGGAGCACCCCUUCGAGAAGCGCCGCUCCGAGGGCGAGAAGAUCCGCAAGAAGUACCCCGACCGGGUCCCGGUCAUUGUGGAAAAAGCUCCGAAGGCCCGGAUAGGCGACCUGGACAAGAAGAAAUACCUGGUCCCUUCAGAUCUGACAGUCGGGCAGUUCUACUUCCUGAUUCGGAAAAGGAUCCACCUUAGAGCCGAGGACGCGCUAUUCUUCUUUGUGAACAACGUCAUCCCCCCAACCAGCGCCACCAUGGGGCAGCUGUACCAGGAACAUCACGAGGAGGAUUUCUUCCUUUACAUUGCCUACAGUGAUGAAAGCGUCUACGGCAGCAUGUAAGGCCGGCCGCCACCUGCUGCCGCCACCGGGGCAGCAUGUGCUCCUGAAGGGACCUUCACUUUUUUGUUGUUUUGUUGAUUUUAUGUUCAAGAGCCUUUUGACCCAGGACUGGGGAGGAUUGUGGGUUUUUUUUCCCUCCUUUUCUUCAUUUUCUGCAGUGCCCCCUCCCAUCCUUUCUAACCCUACCCCACCCACCCACCCGUCCGUUAUGACUUCUCACACUUUUCUUUCGCUUAACCCCUUGCCCUGGGCUUUCUGUUGAAGUGAUUGUGGGAUUGUGGCUACAAGAAAAUAUACCUCUCUUUUCCCGCAUUCCCCCCCCCUUUUUUUCCCCUUUGGUCUUCCCAUUCCAUUUCCCCCUUUUCUUCUUGGAGGAGGUUUGGGGGAGCCUCAGAUUCUCAGCAACACACACACACAAAUCCUCCCCCCGUUUCAAAACUUUCAGCUCCACUUCCAUGCCCUGAUUUUGCUCUUAUCUGGGAGUUGUGCUCUUCUGCCUGGCAUUUUCUGUAACCAGAGCAGAGGAUUGGAGAAUGCUAAUAAUUAAAAACAAAAAAAACCUUAAGAUA